AUGGACGCUUUUACAGAGAAUAUCCUCGCGCGGGCCAGGGAACGUCAGAAAUUACUGGUAUCCAGCAAUAACGUCGAAAGGACGCCCCUCCGUGAAAACAACUCUGCUUUUGCAGAAGACCCCCAAAAAUUACGCAGGGAGUCGCUCUCGGAAUCGAACGUUCACUCCCCGUCGACGAGCGCCGACUCGCCUUUGAAAGGAGUCAUUUCCGAAGGUAACCUGACUAAAUUUACAAGGCAAAAUUCAGUCACCCGAGUGUCCUCCGAAAUGCCCGCAUCACCGAAACCCCUAUCCAAAACCCUGAACAUCCAACAGGACAACUUCAACAUGGAGAUUAAAGUAACAUCUUCAGACAACGUUAGGGUACAGGUGGAAAUCGCUGAAACUGAAGAAAACGAUGAUAGCGAGGAAGCUUCCAGUGAUAGUGGAAUGAGAGUAGAGUCGAAGAGCAAGCUUAAACGGUUGGGUCAGUUAUACGCAGGAGGGGACGAAUGUAACAUAUCUUCACCCAUACAUAAAACCGAAGCGAAAUUUUGCGCUAACGAUUCAAUGGAGGAUAAUGACAACCAAAAUCAAAUUCCUAAAACCCCUAGGAAGGGAUUAAGCAAAUUAGCAGACCUAGCUAAUACAAUAAAUCAGUGGGAAGACGACCUGCAUCACGUCCAACGGGACAAGAAGCAAUCGCCGAAAAAGACUUGGAAAGCUCCAGCUCCGCAACCCCCAAGUUCGUCGCCCGCUAAAACUCGACCUGCUAGCGGGAAACCGAAGGCCCCCGAACCGCCGGUUAAUGCUGGAGUUAACGAGGUUUGUACCCCCUCGAAGAAGGGUACCACGCAGGUCGUAGGAGCCAUUACUAAAAACGUGAAAUGGGAUCAAAAUGUCCUGGAUAAACUGGAAUCACAAGGAUUUACUAGAACCGACUCGAGUUCACGCAUAGUAUAUUCGUAUAAUUCGCAGGAAAACGAUGAGGUAAAAAGUAGGAGUGAAGAGAUACCAAGCAAAGAGAAUGGAGUAAAAAAAUUAACGAAACAUUCGGAAUCUAAAAAAGAACCCGAAGUUAAGGAUAAAUUCGUCAGUUUUCCGUCCAGCCCUACGAAAGCGCCAUCGAGUCCUGCGAAAACCGUUCCGGUCCAUUCGAGAUUGAACAGAGUGGCCGAGAAAGCUGCAAUUUUCGAAGGCAGCCCUACCAAGUCCUCUAAAGAUCCCGCUCUGUUAUCGGUAUCCGAAAGAAAAGCGCUGUUCGAGAAAAAUAAGGGAGAAGCGCUAAUUCCGAAGGCGCCUUUCGGUAUGGCCCCUGCUAUGAAAAUGGAAAAUGUGGCGAAAGCCAGUCGCACGAAAAUUAUCAAUCCUGAGCCUGCGAAUACGGAGAAAGUGGUCGUUCAAAUCGAAACAGCUCAAAGUCCUCGGAAAGCUUCAAAAAAAGUACCUGCUCCGAAACCGCCGGUUGAAUCUCCCGCCCAACCGUCCGUUCCACAAUCAAACGGUAUAGCCAGUAAGUUGGCGGCUCUGCUGGAGAACAAAUCUACGAUUUCCCAGACUCAAAUUGAAAGUAGCAUUAAAAACGAGCGGCAAAAGGAAAUGGACAUGCUUUUGAACAGGUUUAACAGGAAUAAACCGGUAACAAAUGAUGUCAUUCGAGAAAUGUCCGAUGAAGAUGACAGUGAUGAUGAAGAAGAAGAGACAGAGGAAACUUCUAUGUUGAAAUCCAAGCCUGCUAAAAUUGUUUGCGGUGAUAACGAGAGAAGAAGAUCGGCAGAAAAACGAAAACCGUAUAGUAAAGGAGAUAGCCCGAAGGUUGCAGCUGUAUUAGAAGAUGUCAAACGUAUUAAAGUUACAGGACCGAAAGAAGGGAGAUUGUAUCCGAGUUUAUCGGACAUCGAAGCCACUACGGAGACUGAAACGGAAAAUUACACGAGGACUCCUUCUCCGAAUAACAGCAGCAGUUUGGAUAGAAGUACCGAUUCCGAUGAUCCUAAUACUAGUUUCGGUCGUGAUAUAUUGCAAACUGUGUGCAAAAGCCAAACUCCCCAGAAAAGGCCUAUUUACGAUGAGAGCACAGCCAGCGAUAUAUCCAGUAUUUUGGAUGACAUGGAUAAUUACCUAGACGAUUUAAGCAAUGAGGAUAACGCAAGCGUUGGUCCCACUCCGCCCAAACAAGUUCGUCAAGUUUAUCAGAAAGAACACACCGAAUUGCAACCCUCGAAUUCGUUCAGUUACAAGAACUGCACUAGCCCUCAAAAAACAAACAAAACUCAAAAAUCCGAACCCUCUCCGAACAAAACUCUACCAGAAUACAUCGUCGAAGGCGAUAACGUUUUGCCCCUGACUCACACAGUGAGUUUUUACAGAAAACAACAGAAUAUGGUGCAAUCGCCUGCGCGUCAAGUUACUCGACAGCCGAGCAUCGAAGAGGCUCCGCUGGAAGAGGUCUGCGAUGAAAGCGAGCAAGUCGAAAGGAAAAUAAAGGAACUUCACGAGGAAAUCCAGCGACAACAGAAUGUCAUUUCCCAAACUAGCCGGGCGUUGAAUUUGUGCAGCUGCACGCCGGAAUUCUCGGGCUCCACCGAGCAAGUCGAAGCAGAAAAGGUUUUGCUCUUAGCUACUCACAGAAGACAAGCGGCUCUUCAUGAAAUCCAACGAUUAAAAGUCGAAAGAACGAUAAGACCACAAGGUCAAAGGGCUACAGAGGUACCAUCGGAGAAAGGUACAUUGACCAUUACCGAUAUUUUGUUGCCAUUGAAGCAGAAGUACGUCAAAGCAUUAGCUGCCGCCGGUGGCAAAGGACAUCACAUCGUUUGUUUAAUUAAGUGCGGGGAGCAGGUGGUACCAACGAAGCUCACAUCUACUGUGAUUCACAGCGUCAAGAACCCCGAAGCGGAUUUAAUAAUACCGGGAACGGUUGUAUUGCACGAUGUAUACGGGGAUUUGGCCGUUACUUUCGAAGUGUAUUGUCUGCAAGCUCAAGAGGAAUUCCUGCCGCACGAGGUCAAAUACCACAUCAGUAAAAAACCUGGAAGCAAAUCUGCUACGCCCAAAAAGUCCAAACAAGAGUCCAAGAUGGUGAUGCCCUUGAGGGAAUCCCCGGCCGGGCCUCAAGCAGUCAGAAGUUCCUCUUUUGCCCUAAUGGGAUACGCCGCAUUUCCAGUACACGCUGUUAAUAAGAAAGUCUGGAAUUUAAAUAACACACCACCGAUGAGUCCUUUGGAAGGUACAGUAGAAAUGAAAAUUUCCUGCAAAUUGGCAAUCAGCGUCGAACAUAGAGGAUUCCUGACAAUGUUCGAAGACGUUUCUGGAUUCGGUGCCUGGCACAGGAGAUGGUGCUUACUAAAAGGUCAUACUAUAUGCUACUGGAAAUAUCCAGAGGACGAGAAAAAAACGGCGCCGAUUAAUUCGAUAGAUCUUAAGAAUUGCGUUACAAAAGACGUGAAGCAAGUCAACAGGGAAAUUUGCGCGAGACAGCACACUUUCCUGUUGGAAAUGGAAAGGCUAGCCUACCCAACGGAUAAAGAUAGCUUAGUGACUAUCUGCAAAGGCGAUAAAACGAUUAUAAGGCACUUACUGUCUGCUGAUACGAAAGAGGAAAGGGUACAGUGGUGUACGAAAUUGAAUGCCUCUCUCGCAGCAUUGAGAACAUGGGGAAAUUCUCACUAA